AUGGCAGCGUUCGCUUCAGUUUUAAGUGAUCCGCACAAAAGAGCAAUUUAUGAUUCCCUGGGAACUCGAGGACUAGAAACUGAGGGAUGGGAAAUUGUUCAGCGUACAAAGACUCCUCAGGAGAUCCGUGAGGAGUAUGAACGCCUAGCUAGAUUGCAAGAAGAAAGGCGAUUGCAGCAGCGAACUAGUCCAAAGGGCAGCGUCACUGUAAACAUCAAUGCUAGUGAUAUUUUCAGUGUAUAUGACGAUAGCUACAUCAACGAUGAUCUCUUUUCAUCGAUUCAAGUUAGCGGGAUGACAUUUACUCAAUCGAUUGAAGCUCCUCUGACCACAAAGGAUACUUUGAUCAUGUAUGGUCAGCUCAGUGUACAAAAUGGUACUGGUUCCGGAAGUGUUAAUGUAGCUGCAAAAAGAUUAAUCUCGCCGAAGGGAUGGGUGGAAGCAGACAUUGGUGUUGGAAAUGGACCUACACUGGCCCUAAAAGGAUAUCGAACUUUAAGUAGGAGAAUAUUCUGCACUGGAGAUAUUUUAAUUGGGUUCACUUCGGAUUUGGCGAAAUUCGGCUUAGCAGGAUCAUUAGCCAUGCAGUUGGACAAACAUACAGUUGGAUAUCUUACAUAUAGAGUACAUGCUCAAAGCGGGAUGUCCACAAUAAUAGAAAGGAACACACCUCGUUCAUAUACCUCUUUCACCCUUCAUUUUGGACUUUUAAAUUCGUAUAUAAACCUUAGCUACACGUACAAAAUGGACGAGAGGAAACUGAAACUGAGAAGCACAGGAAGCAGCCCUGACUUUUUCCGCAAUACGCAUUGCAGCGGGAUGCACAAUUUAAAUAAACCGCUACAAAGUAGUUUGGGCGCUUUCAUCAUGAUGGUAUAUGUUCAGUUGGGUAUGUUGAGCGAAUGGACAGAGAACGUUGGACGAAUCAAUCUUAUUUCGGUAGAAAUCGGUACUUUGCCCACUGUGCUGUAA